AUGUCUGCCAUGAGCUCAAGCGACGAUGCUCCGCCGCACCAACGCCUCGCCUCAGAGCAGUCGAAGCGUGACAGCGGCGCCCAUGUCGGUGCCCGAGAACACAUCCACGACGCCCCAACGCUAAGCGCGCGCGCACGCUUUCUGCGAGAGCUGGAGCGGUACGCGAGCGAUGACGAUGAUUAUGGUGGCAACGGGGGCGCCGCUGUCGUCGGUGCAGGGCCCAUGCGGCAGCCGAACCAAGCAAACGGAGCACCGCAGAGGAGAACUGCAUUCCCGCUGGUAUCGGCCACGCGCGCUGCUGCGCCGUCUGUCGGCCCAUCAAGCAGCUCAGACUUCUUCUUCGGUGGCGAAGGUGGCUCGCACGACGAAGCGGACGAUGAAGACGUCGGUGAGGAUGCGGUGUGGAGCACGGCGUCCGCCGCCUCCCUAGCGAGAACCCUCAAUGGUGUCCCCGUCACUGGCUCCACCAGCGACAUCGGCACAACAGGCGGUAGUGCAGCACCGUCUCGGGUUGGUCUGCAGCUGCUGCAUCGCAUGCACGCGCUCAGCACGUCCGGCGACCGCAGAAGUAGCGGCCACGACUCCGCUGUUCAUUCCGCCGCAACGAGGGCAAACGUGAUGAUACCCCAGACGUCACCCACACCGACGUCAUCUGCUGACUUCGAGGUCGUUCACGCGUAUGUACCACUGAGCACGGGCGGCUUCCUGAGUACGGCCAACGCGGCGCAUGACACGAUGGAAGGGUAUCAGGUGCGCAUCGGCGACGUUCUCUCCUUGCGGAAGCCUCUCAGCUGCACAGACCCACCACCGAGCAGCGCAGUGGCGAGUGCGCCCGCCUCCUCACCUACAACUUCAACUGCCACUCCAUCUAUCGCAGCCCUCACCCUCACCACCGGCUCGGCGGCGGCCGGUGCGUCGGCCACCGGCUCGUUAGUGAAGGACGUUGCGCAGAAAGCGAUGGGUCACUUCAAGAGCGCCGCCACCUUCACCUCCGAGGAGCAGAAAUAUGGCCGGAAACUCACCCCUGAUAUGGUGCGCCUGCUCUUCGAGGUCACGCGGGUGGAUUACCAAGGACGCAGUAUCGAGGCGCUCUUCCUGGACGGCACACGCGCGAAGGUAUCCUUCUUCGAGGUGCGGCCGGCAGGGUACGUGGAGCGGAAAAUGUACGCGACGUGGAAAGCCGAUCCAUCAAGUCGCCCUGUGACCAUCAUUCAUAGCAACGCGUCGUCACCGACCACGUCGUCGGCCCCAAACGGAGCCGUGAUGCCGUCCUCCGUGCCGUCACCUGCGCUCCCGCCACCGCCGUCAGUCACCGCUGCCGCGUGGUGGGUGAUCCCGCGUCUUCUCGUGCGUGUCACGACGGAGGCGGCCGGCGACUGGUACGGCAAGAAGUGCGUCGUCAAGGCUGUGCAGCGAAGCGAGAACCGCGUCCGGCUGGCGGAAUGGGUGGAGGAAGGCCGCAGCGACGGCGGUGAGAGUGGCAGCAGGAGCUUCCACAACUGCGGUAAGCCGACAGCAGCCACGGCUGAAACUCGAGAACUGAUAGGGGUGGACGGGCUUGAGACGGUGGUCCCCAAGAAGGGUGGCCGUGCCAUGGUGGUACUGGGGAGCCGGCGAGGUGAAAUGUGCACCGUUCGCAACCGCGUUCGUGGUGCUGAUGGUGAAUUGACGGCCGUCGAGGUGGAGAUCAGCCGAACAAAGGAGGUGAUGACGCUACAGGCGGGCGAGCUGUGUGCCCUGGCGCGCUGA